UCUCUAUGGUUCUAGGAUAAAGACGUUGGGGGAAAACUGGAGAAGGAAGGAUCGAGAUUGGCUCUCCGGAAAGCGGAGGCGGGAGCAGAUUCGCCCCGCCUGCUGGGAAGUGGGACGCAUGCGCACUUCCUGGAGGAGGAGGAGGAGGAGAAAUGAAUCCAUUGACCAAAGUGAAGCUGAUCAAUGAGCUGAAUGAGCGUGAGGCAGAGCUGGGCGUGCAAGAGAAGGUCUCUUGGCAUUCAGAGUACAGCGACAGCGCCUGGUUGUUUGUGGGAGGUCUGCCUUAUGAGCUGACAGAAGGUGACAUUAUUUGUGUCUUUUCACAGUAUGGGGAAAUUGUGAACAUCAACCUUGUACGGGAUAAGAAGACAGGAAAAUCCAAAGGUUUCUGCUUCAUUUGCUAUGAAGAUCAGCGAAGCACCAUUCUUGCAGUUGACAAUUUUAAUGGGAUCAAGAUCAAAGGAAGGACCAUUCGUGUGGACCACGUGGCAAACUAUCGCCCUCCAAAAGACUCUGAAGAUAUUGAUGACAUCACAAAGGCCCUCCGGGAAAAAGGAUGUGGGGUUAAAACGCCUCCUCCCAGUUCCCCAGAAUCCUCUGAAGACAAUGAGGUGGAAGUGAAGAAACACAAAAAAGAGAAAAGCAAGAAGAAGAAGAAGAAGAAGGAAAAGAGAGAGCACCGGAAGCGUGUGAAAGAGGAACAGUCCGCAGAGGCGCCGCCUGUGAAAGCCAAGAUCAAAGUGGAGAAGGAGGACCCGGGCUACGAACGCUUCGCGGGCACAAGUCGGCAGAACUGGAGCACUUCUGGGCCCAGGCAUGCCAGCCGGGCACAGCCGGAGCCGGAGCCGAAGCACGAGCGCGCGCGAGAGAGGUCUUGGGAGAGGGGCCGUCAGGAGCAGGGAGCACCCCACCGCGCUCACAGUGAGGAGAAGCACCAGAGGGUGGACGUCCCCAGAGACCGACUCAGAGCAGCCGAAGGCAGAAGAUCCCGAGAGCGGUGGGGAGGCCGGGACAAGCCGUCUUCCAGGGAGAAGGAGGCCUCCAGCUGCUCCUGACUGGCUGGCCCCGUUCCGUCCCCGCAGGUAGGAAGAGAGAUGCUGUGUUCCCAGUAACAGGGAUUCCCAGAUAUUGACUACCACUCCCAGAACCCCCAGCCAAAGGCCAUGGCAGCUGGGGACUCUGGUGGGGGGGGGGGUUGUCGCCAACAACCUCUGGGAAUCCCUUACAGGAGACUCUGGUGGUGACCUUGCUGAGGACAGAGGAGCCCCGCUGGCUGGUAUGAAUCUUUGCAGGGGGAGUGGGCCGUGCGUGUGUCUGGGUCCUUUUGUUGCUGUGUUACCCUCUUUGGAAGAAAGAGGCAUAAGGAACAGAAGCUGAACUUGUAUUGGUUCCUUUGGCUGCAAGGCAGGAUGAGUACAUCGACUGCAUCUUGGACAGACUGCUGUGACUUGCUUUUAAAAAAAAUCUUGGCUUAAUAAACCCAUUUUGAACAGUU